UCCACCGCCAAAUUCAAACAGUGAAAGAAAGAAAACACAGCAACAAGCAGCUGAGACAGUGAAGACAGACCAUUCUCACAGCUGGUAUUUUAAGGAAAGCUCAGUCGGCAUGGCGUCUUCAGUGAUGGAUGGAGUUGGUAAAGCUGUGGUGGGAGUCUGGCGGGCACACACAGCCCUGGAUGAGUCAGAUGGGGCAGAGAGCUCCCCAGAAGCCCCAGACCGUUUCCGCAAGAUGCGCUCCUCGUCUUCACUCAACUCUCUGCGAAUGUCUUUGCGCAAGCGGCUCCCGCUGCGCUCUAUCCAGACCAACUCCCUCCCAGAGAAUCCGACUUGGGAAACCACGAAGGAGCAACCAAAACCCAACGCAGUCCGGAAACUUACUCGAAGUGCUCGCAACUCCAUCACUGGAGUCUAUCAGAGACUACAGAGGACAAGAGAGUUUUCACAUGAGGAAUGUUUGGUAGAGACCCCAGGUCGAACAUGUGAUGGAGAAGAAGCUGGUGCAUCAACUUCUCGCACCCCAGGGCGCACACCUGGCCGAGCUGCCACGCCCAGACGCACACCCAGAUCAGCAGUCACACCUGGGCGCACCCCAGGCUCAAGGGGACGAAGGACUCCUGAGGCUGGCGUGCGAGGGGUGAAGACAGGAGGCGGCAGGAGACAGUUGGUCCGCAUGGCUGCAUUACGAAGUCCCUUUGCCUCCCCCAACACACAGAACCAGAGACUAAAGUUUGACCGAGAUUUGGAAUCCGUGUCCAGUGGACUCAGGAGGCUGAAACAUCUGUCCAGGGCCUUUGAUGAUAUAAUUGGCAGGGAUGACAGAACCAGUAGGAGGGAACACUCCGGAGGAGCAGUGAUGAGAAGGUUGGACCCCAGCGGUAAACUCAGCCGCUCAAACCUCUCGCGUCGAGCCACGCACCUCUCAAACACACUGGGAGGUUGGGCACACACAGCAGUGACUGCUGUUCGCAAACCCAACUGACCAACAUGCAUGUGUGUAUGUAAAACACAGGACCUUUUGUAGCCAUGUUUCACAUUUAUCAUUAUUGACGGAUUACUGUUACAUUUACAUGUACUGUUGUCAAUAUACUGGGAGACUGUUACAUGGCAGCUUGUCUUAUUUUUUACCUAUACUGUGUGUAAUUAGCGACGUUCACGUAUUUCAUGUGUGUUUACACAUCUCAGGUUAGCUAGUUGUGGGUAAAAUAUCCUCAUUGUAGCUACCAAAGAGAUUUCUGUAUUGUGGUAUAUGUACCUGUCAUAGCUGCUGCAACCAAAUGUCUUUAGUUGCAUAUUCAAAAUACUAAUAUUGUAGUUUGUAUUCUCACUCUCUGCAUAGAAAGUCAUAGCUAGUUUCUGAAAUUUACCUUAAAAGAAAUGCUGCACAUGACCAAAAUUGUAUCUGAUGAAACACUAACACUAAAUUCACUGACGGAGAGGAGAUGCAUUUUCCUCUAUUUUACAAGUAUGCAAUAGUAUUAACUAACAUUUGUUAUGUUUUUUUUAAAACGUCAUUUGAUCUAGCCAAAUUAUAAAAUGUUUUUUCUAUGAAAGGGGACUUUUUAUAUUCAGCUCAGGCAGGAUUUGAUUGGGAUUUUUUUUCUUUGGGAAUUUUUUCUUUCUGAAGCAGUCAGCACUUUUAAUGGGCUGUGGAUGAUUCAUGCACCAACACUGGAUGCAUAAAUCAUUUCAUGAUGUGAUGGGGGGGAAGAAGUAAAGACUCAUUACCUGAUGACAACGAUAAUGAUGUUGUAAAGCCAUAUCCAGCAGAUUAUUAGCGUGGUGACUGUCAAACAAAAAGCCUCCAAUGAAGCAAAACACUCAUCUCCUCUGUCUUUCCAGUGUAUUGGUACCCACUUAGCUGCAGUAAUGACAGAAAGGGAGACAAUGUGCCUAAAUGUGAAAAAAAAUAUCUCACUAUAAAAGCUGUAAGUUUCAACAACCCAAGUGUCUUGUCUUUUUUAUGAUUAAUAUCAUUGCAACAUAUGGUUAUUGUAAUUUGAGCUGUUUGUAUCAU